AGAUGCACAGUAAUUACUGGAUUUGUCUAUAAAAGCAGGACGAACGAAACGGCUACCCCCUCCUCCUGAUCAAAGCUCUCUCUGCUAAAAAUCGCCAUUAAAGCUCGAAUUGCAAAUUCUCGAAGAUACCCAGAAAGAAAGAUUGAAGCUUUGGUGGAAGGAAGCUCUCAAGGAUUGAAAACGAUUGCUGUGCCGAUCUUCUGAGUUUCUAUUCACUGUCAUCAGAUGAGGGACCUUCAAAAUACUCAUGGUACUGAACUGGUUUCAUUUAUCUUAUCUUUUGCAGUACUGGUGAAAAAAAAAAAACAAACAAAAAUUAAAAGAACCGAAAAAAUGGCCUUGCAGCAAUACUUUGCACACGAAUGCAGAUCCGUAUCGGGGGCAGCAACAGAUUCAGAAAGUUCCAAAGGUGGCUAUGACUGCAACAUCUGCUUAGAAUUUGCGCACGAGCCAGUGGUCACCUUCUGCGGCCAUCUGUUUUGCUGGCCUUGCAUCUACAAAUGGCUUCACGUUCAGAGUGCCUCCCUUGCCUCCGAUGAGUGCCCUCAGUGUCCUGUUUGCAAGGCUGAUAUAUCGCACACCACCGUGGUCCCACUUUACGGCCGGGGCCAAACAACUUCUGAACCUGAGCUUGAAGGAAAGAUGACACUCUACAGGGGAAUGGUAAUACCGCCCAGACCAUCAGCAUGUGAUGUGCAAGCUCUCAUAUCUAGCAGCUCUCAGACCGUCCAGCAACUUCCAUAUCGUAACCCUUAUCAGAACCAACAAUAUAACCCUCAAUCAUACGGCAGUUUUGGGGAACAUCCUUCCUCGCCACUCCUUGACCUCGGAGGCACUGCAAUGGCGGGUAUCCACCAUCCGGCGGCUGGUGUAUUUGGAGAAAUGGUUUAUGCAAGGGUGUUCGGAAACUCAGAGAGCUUAUAUGCGUACCCGAAUUCGUAUCACCGAACGGGAAGUAGUAGUCCAAGGCUCAGGAGGCAGGAGAUGCAGGCAGACAAGUCACUAAACAGAAUAUCUAUUUUCCUCUUCUGUUGCUUACUUUUGUGCCUUCUUGUCUUCUGAAGUUCAGAGAUUAGGUCAUUCUCCUUCUCUGCCAUUUUGUUACUGUAUAAUUAACGCUUGUGAACUUAGAUAGAUGAAAUUAGAUGUGAAAUAUAAGAGGUAUUAAUGAUGCUAGAAAUUUCUAA